UUGUGAGCCAACGGCUUUGUGCUUUCUUUCUCCCACUUUCCCUCUUUUUGUCGAAGUAACAGUAAUAAGACAUGGCUACUGCAGGAAAGGUGAUUAAAUGUCUGGCUGCUGUAGCCUGGGAGCCCAAUGCUCCCCUGGUGAUAGAGGAGAUUGAAGUAGCUCCACCCCAAAAGAAUGAAAUACGGAUCAAGGUGAUUGCUACAGGUGUUUGUCACACCGAUUUGUAUCAUCUGUUUGAGGGAAAGCAUAAGGAGGGCUUUCCUGCUGUUCUUGGCCAUGAGGGAGCUGGUAUAGUGGAGAGUAUUGGACCUGGAGUCACCGAGUUCAAACCAGGUGAUAAGGUCAUUCCCCUCUUCAUCUCUCAGUGUCGAGAGUGCAGGUUCUGUAAGAGUCCAAAGACUAACCUGUGUGAGCACAGCUGGUCUAGUGAUCGAUAUGCUCAGAUGUCAGAUACCAUCACACGCUUCUCCUGUCGUGGUAAGCCUGUCCUACAGUUCAUGGGCACCAGCACCUUCUCUGAAUACACGGUCAUGAACCAGAUUGCUGUGACGAAGAUCCAUGAUGAUGCCUCUUUGGACCGUGUUUGCCUGCUUGGCUGUGGCAUUUCCACUGGCUAUGGAGCAGCCAUCAACACCGCCAAAGUAGAGCCAGGCUCAGUGUGUGCAGUGUUUGGACUUGGUGCCGUAGGCCUUGCUGCAGUCAUGGGCUGUAAGAAUGCUGGAGCAUCCAGGAUCAUUGCUGUGGACAUCAAUGAGCAGAAGUUUGAAAAGGCGAAGGUAUUUGGUGCCACUGAAUUCGUGAACCCCAAAGCACACAAAAAGCCUGUCAGUGAGGUUCUGGCAGAAAUGACCGAUGGGGGUGUGGAUUUCUCCCUGGAGUGUGUGGGCAACGUGGCUGUCAUGAGGAGUGCACUGGAGUCGUGUGCUAAAGGUUGGGGUGUGAGUGUGCUUGUUGGCUGGACAGACGUUAGUGAUUUCUCUGCUCGACCAAUUCAGCUAAUUGCUGGAAAGACCUGGAAGGGAUCACUGUUUGGAGGUUUUAAGAGUAAGGAUUCGGUUCCAAAGCUCGUCCUAGACUACAUGGCUGGCCGUAUAAAGUUGGAUGAAUUUGUAACCCAUACUAUGAGUCUUGAGCAGGUCAAUGAUGCCAUUGAGCUCAUGAAGAAGGGAGAAUGCAUUCGAACCAUCCUGAAGGUGUCCAAGUGAGAAGGGCACAAAGACCACAGUUGCUUGAGACCAAAGUCAUUACUGCGUCUACCAUGUCUUCAGCUAAUCAUUAUUUCUUUUAAUAAGCUUGCAGAUUCUAAGGCAUUUUAUCUUGAAAAAGGGUUAAUGUUUUAACACCCUGCAGUAUUCAGACAAAGUGUUCAUACUGAAGUAUUCACAUUACUCAGUUAAUGUAUACCAUUAUAAGCCUAUAACCCAGAUACUGGAAUUAGAUUUUCUAGUCCAGAUAUUAUGCAAUUUUAUAUAUGUUAGUGUGUAUAUAUCAUACAUAAAAAUAAUCAAACAUACACUUGUGUUCAAAAUAAUAGCAGUCCAACACGACUAACCAGAUCAAUCACUGUUUUUGGUGGAAAUUAUAUUACUACAUGGCAAAUAAUUUACCAGUAGGUGUAGUAGAGUCAUAGAAAACCAACAGACCCAACAUUCAUGAUAUGCAUGCUCCUGAGUCUGUGUAAUCGAAUAAUUAAGUGAAAGGGACGUGUUCAAAAUAAUAGCAGUGUGGAGUUUAAUUAGUGAGAUCAUUCAUUCUGUGAAAAAACAGAUGUCAGUCAGGUGGCCCUAAUUUAAGGAUGAAGCCAGCACAUGUUGUACAUCCAUUUCUCUCUGAAAACCUGAGAAACAUGGGUCGUUCCAGACAUUGUUCAGAAGAACAGCGUGCUUUGAUUAAAACGUUGAUUGGAGAGGUAAAACGUAUACUGUAAAGAAGUGCAGAAAAUGAUGGGCUGCUCAGCUAAAAUGAUCUCCAGUGCUUUAAAAUGGACAGCAAAGCCAGAGAGACAUGAAAGAAAACAGAAGACUACCAUUCGAAUGGAUCGAAGAAUAGCCAGAAUGGCAAAGACUCAGCCAAUGAUCAGCUCCAGGGUGAUCAAAGACGGUCUGAAGUUACCUGUGAGUACUGUGACAAUUAGAAGAUGCCUGUGUGAAGCUAAUCUAUCGGCAAGAAGCCCCCGCAAAGUUCCACUGUUAAAAAAAAAAAUGUGCUGAAGAGGAUACAAUUUGCCAAAGAACACAUCGACUGGCCUAAAGAGAAAUGGAAAAACAUUUUGUGGACUGAUGAAAGUAAAAUUGUUCUUUUUGGGUCCAAGAGCCGCAGACAGUUUUUCAGACGACCCCCAAACACUGAAUUCAAGCCACAGUACACUCUGAAGACAGUGAAGCAUGGUGGUGCAAGCAUCAUGAUAUGGGAAUGUUUCUCUUACUAUGGUGUUGGGCCCAUUUAUCGCAUACCAGGGAUCAUGGAUCAGUUUGCAUAUAUCAAAAUACUUGAGGUCAUGUUGCCUUAUGCUGAAGAUGAAAUGCCCUUGAAAUUGGUGUUUCAACAAGACAACAACCCCAAACACACCAGUAAGCGAGCAGCAUCAGGGUUCAAGACCAACAAAAUGAAAGUUAUGGAGUGGCCAGCCCAAUCCCCGGACCUUAAUCCGAUAGAAAACUUGUGGGGUGACAUCAAAAAUGCUGUUUCUGACGCAAAACCAAGAAAUGCAGAGGAAUUGUGGAAUGUUGUCAAAUCAUCCUGGGCUGGAAUACCUGUUCACAGGUGCCAGAAGUUCUCAGAAACCGUGGUUAUACAACUAAAUAUUAGUUUAGUGAUUCACAGGAAUACUAAAUCCUUAAGAUUUUUUCAGUUUAUACAGUAAAUAUUUGGAGUUUGUAAUGAAAAAUGCAGACACUGCUAUUUUUUUGAACAGCCCAAUGUUCAUUUUUCUUCAUUUUCUGUAAAGUAAUUAAAAUAUUCAUACAUUUUUCUUCAUGUUUUGAUGUAGAAUAUAAUGUGCAGUGUUCCCAAUGCAUGGAAAUAAAAACUAUUAUAAGGAUUUUGAGCUUUACUCACGUUUUUAAACACACUGCUAUUAUUUUGAACACAACUGUACAUACAGUUAGUGGAUGCCGUAAAAUUCAAGAUUCAAAUGUAUAU